AUGGCCACAGCCAGGGGCUCUGCGGCCACCAUCGGUCGACUUUACGUACUGCGAGAUCAAGUCGAUUCUUCUCAGGAUGGCGUUGACAUAGUUCUCAUUCCAGGCAUUGGAACGCCUUUGCCAGGGACUUGGCCAUUUUCUAAGCCGGAGUGGCUCACUACUCUGCCUGGCUUCGGUGCUGGAGCACGCGUCCUUGCUUACGAGUAUCCCUCGCCAUUCAGGGGCAACAAGCCUUCAUGGGAGCCAAUCUUAAUGCUAGGCUAUGACCUUCUUGAGAUCUUAAGCGACGUACGAUGUGGAUCUGAUCCAGAUCUGAUCACCAAGAGGCCGAUCUUGUUGGUCUGUCACAGCUUGGGUGGCCUUAUAGUCAAGCAAUCUUUGUGCGUUGCCAACAAGCAGUUUUCUCGGUAUGGAUCAACCGUCAACGCUAUCGCGGGCGUCAUAUUCCUAAGCACUCCGCACCGGUAUGGCGACAAAACAAUGAACCUGGUGCAAUUUCGAGACGUGUUGGAAGCAACAACCAACAAGGCUUUCAAGAUUCCGAAUGCCAACAUUGACCAGGAAGGAGCAAUUUUACUGGAUCUUGCGGAUAGAUUUGAAGGGAUCUCGUUUCGCACUCCCCUACUCUCGGUCUAUGAACUGAGAGAAUCAAGAAACAGCUCAACAACAUUACGACAUAAAUACCAACAAUUGGUUACCCGUGAAGCCUGUUCAACACACGCGCCAAUGGAAACAAUAAUCGGUCUCAAUCUCGACCAUUUUGAAACAUGUCUCUUUACCAAAAGUGUUGGUGGCGAAGGUUUGACAGGACUGAACAAGUUUAUCCACGAGACUUUGGUUGACUCGGUUAAUCUUGUUGCGCUGCGGUUCGAGGAACAUGAGUAUCAAUACGCCACAAUGAGCGCCUACUCACCUACUAUGAGCGAAUUGCAGCUCGCAGUUCAAGAACCAGGGCCUACAAAAUGCCCGUCUUCCAAAACAACUGAAUGGAUAUCGAACAAAGCAACGGAAGGAACGUCCAUUUCUGGCUUUGAUCUUAUAUACCCUACCCCGCCAAAUGCAGAGGCUAAGAAACCUCUUCAAUUGCCCUGCGUCCUUCUUAACACACAUUCCGCGAAUGAGGACUUUUGCGGUCGCGAAGAUAUCCUGGAACUUCUCGCUACGGAGCUUCUGCCUUCAAAAUCGACAGCGACGGCAUCAGGCAGCGGACUACGACAGUUUGCACUCUGCGGUUUCGGGGGUAUUGGAAAGACCGAAAUCGCCCGCGAGUUCUCUCGGCUUCACAAAACGUCCUUCGAUGCUGUAUUUUGGGUGACAGCAGAUGAGAUUGCAAAGCUCGACCACCAUUAUCAGGAGAUUUCGUUGGCGUUGGGACUCGAAGAUCCAACGGAAUGCAAGAGCCAAGUUGUGACUAGGGAGAUAGUGAAAGGAUGGCUCUCCAAUCCCAGAAAAUAUCUGUCAGCCUCAGACGAGUUUGCACAAACGGGUAACUCUAGCUCUGAGGCGACGUGGCUGUUGGUCUUUGACAAUGCAGACGACCCUAUGAUUCUGGCAGAUUACUGGCCUCAAGGCAGUGGCUCGAUCCUCAUUACCAGCCGCGAUCCUUUGGCAAAAAGCAUGUUUACCAGGAGAUCCUUAGGCUUAGAUCUCGGUCCAUUGACACAACAGGACAGCAUUUCCCUUUUUAACCAUCUUACGGCUAAUUCCAGUGAGCCGGAUGAUGGUAUAAUCGGAAAAAUCUCUGAAUUCCUUGGUGGCGUUCCUCUCGCUAUAUCGCAAAUGGCGGGUGUGAUCCGACGUCAGGACCUCACGAUGUCGGAAUUUUUCGAGCUAUAUAUGGAUCACGAAGAGCACGCCAGUCUUUAUGAGACAAAGUUUGAUACGAAUCUGGUUACAUACAAGCAUAGCCUAUCUACUGUUUGGGCACUUGAAAAGCUGAAGCCCCAAUCUCGACAGCUGUUGGAGCUGAUGUCAUUCGUUGACCCAGACGUCAUCGGCGAAGAGUUGUUGAUGGAAGUGGCUGCGAAGCUCCUUCAAGUUGGCGGCGCACAUUUCAAAAAGAGUAAUUAUAUUGAUGCUCGAACUGAUCUCCUACAGUCAUCCCUGAUAAAAAGGGAUAAAAAAAACCAGCAAAUCUCGGUCCACCGCAUAAUCCAAGAUGUCGUCUUGGCAACAAUGGAUGAGGCGAAGAAACAGUUAACGUUCAACCAUGUCUUGUAUGCCCUUUGGGCUAGUUGGCCAUCGGCGAUGCCCAAGCCAUCAAAGGUUCCAGAGCUACCUUCACCGAUAUCAGCUGGUGGCAGGUUAGCUGUUCGACGAUGGCCUUAUUGUGCGGCAAUUUAUCCCCACGUUUUGAAAUUACACCAGAUAUGGCAAGUGAUGUCAAAUCCCUCUGAUGCCACUAAAAUGCUUUUUGCAAAGCUAUUGACUGAAGCUGCAUGGUACCAAAAGGAGCGUGGACGAACAAAAAACUUCGACGGCUUUUUCGAAACCGCUCGCAGUAUCUGUGAGUCUACGACACACGCAGAUCGAGAUUCGCUGCUUGCAGACAUCUACUUCUGUCUGGGAUCUAUCGCUAUGGAUGCAAGCGACUUCGAAACAAGCCGCAUUCACAAAGAGAAUUCUCUCAAUCUAGUUUCCAGAAUAUGCAAAGAACUGGGUACUGAAGAUGAGAGACUAUAUCUCGCCUACGCGGAGCGCGGAAUAUCCCGGAUUCAAGACAAACGGUAUGAAGAAGGUGAAGCCGAUCUUAAGGAGGCAUUGCGAAUGCGUAAAGCUCUUGGCAAUUAUAUUCCCCGAUCUGGUGAAGCCAACCUAAGCUGGGCCCUUCUUGCACAAGGCAAAUUGGAAGAAUGCGACGUGCUUCUCCUCGAUAGCUUGGCUGGUCGAGAAAAAGCCUUGGGGAAGAAUGACAAGGAGUCAGUCCGGACUGGACUGAUCUUGUAUGCACUCGGUAACCUCCGGGCGGCACAAAACCGAUGGCAUGAGAGUUUUGAAUACCACCAACGAGCAUGGCACCAUAUGCUUGCGACAGUGGGCGAGAGAGACUUUUAUACUGCAAAUGUGGCUCACAAGGUUGCCGAGCACCUCAUCCGCUUAGGCCAAUAUGAGAGUGCAAUUGGUAUGAUCAAUGCGGCCCUCGAUAUCUGGUCUGUUGACCCGAGCGCACACAAAAAUGAGAUUGCCCGCACUACCUUCCUUAAGGGAAAAGUAUUUGAGGCCACUGGGAAGAAUCAAAAGGCUUCCAUUGCCUUUAGAGUUGCUUGUCGCUUGAGGAAGGAAAUUACUAAGGAUGAUCGAGACAUGAAUAGCCUAACAACGGAAGACUUUGAUGAAAUUGUUGCUUUCUGGUCUCGUUGA